AUGUUAAGAAAUACUACCACAAGAACCAAUUUUUUAAGGUCAAUCAACAACAAGCAUACUGUUUUGAUCAGUAGAAUGAUGCUAUCUACUACUAAUACAUCUUUACAACAACAAUUUAGAAUUGAAACCGAUGCUUUCGGUGAAAUCAAGGUCCCAGCUGAUAAAUACUGGGGUGCUCAGACCCAAAGGUCUUUCCAAAACUUCAAGAUUGGUGGUCCAAGAGAAAGAAUGCCAGAACCAAUUAUCAAAUCUUUUGGUAUUAUCAAGAAGUCUGCUGCCAGAGUUAAUGAAGGCUUUGGUACUUUAGAUCCAAGUAUAUCUAAAGUUAUCCAGAAAGCUGCCGAUGAAGUGAUUUCUGGUAAAUUGGACCAGCAUUUCCCUCUAGUUGUCUUUCAAACUGGUUCUGGUACUCAGAGUAAUAUGAACGCCAAUGAAGUUAUCUCGAACAGAGCUAUUGAAUUAUUAGGUGGUAAGUUGGGUUCUAAGCAAAUUCACCCAAACAAUCAUUGCAACCAAUCUCAGUCUUCUAAUGACACUUUCCCAACUGUUAUGCAUAUUGCUGCUGUUACUGAAAUUACUCAUGACUUAUUACCAAAGCUUACUCAAUUGAGAGAUUCUUUGGCUAAAAAGUCUGAGGAAUUUAAAGAUAUUGUCAAGAUUGGUAGGACCCAUUUGCAAGAUGCUACUCCAUUGACCUUAGGUCAAGAAUUUUCUGGUUACGUUCAACAAUUAACCAAUGGGAUUGGUCGUAUUGAGCAUUCUUUAGUUAACUUGAAGUUCAUUGCUCAAGGUGGUACUGCUGUUGGCACUGGUUUGAACACCAAGAUUGGUUUUGCUGAAAAGAUUGCUGAGGAAGUCUCCAAGGAGACCGGUAUUGAUUUCAAAACUGCUCCAAACAAGUUUGAAGCUUUGGCCAACCAUGAUGCUAUUGUUGAGGCUUCUGGCGCUUUGAACACUGUUGCCUGUUCCUUAUUCAAGAUUGCUCAAGAUAUUAGAUACUUGGGUUCUGGUCCAAGAUGUGGUUACGGGGAAUUGGCUUUGCCAGAAAAUGAACCAGGUUCUUCCAUUAUGCCUGGUAAAGUUAACCCAACCCAGAACGAAGCCAUGACCCAAGUUUGUGUUCAAGUCAUGGGUAAUAACGCUGCCAUCACCUAUGCCGGUGCAGGUGGUCAAUUCGAAUUGAAUGUUUACAAGCCAGUUUUGAUUGCUAAUUUAUUGCGUUCUAUUAGGUUGAUGGCCGAUGCUUGUCACUCAUUUAAAAUCCAUUGUGUUGAUGGUAUCAAGGCUAAUACCGGUAAGAUCAACAAAUUAUUGCAUGAGUCUUUGAUGUUGGUUACUGCUUUGAAUCCAAAGAUCGGCUAUGAUGCUGCCUCUAAAGUUGCCAAAAAUGCUCACCACAAGGGUAUUACUUUGAAAGAAUCUGCCUUAGAGUUGGGUGUUUUGACAGAGAAGGAAUUUGACGAAUGGGUUGUUCCAGAAAAAAUGAUUGGACCAAAACCAUGA